AGGGUUGUCAAUCACAAACACUGAGUGAGCGAAUCUCUUGUGGGGAAAAGCGGAAGGCGUGUGAUCCCAGUCUGAGCGCGCGCGUGGGAAUCAUUUGCUUUCGCGCGCAGCUUCACGGACGCUUGCUCUUAACGUGCGUCCAUAAACCGGAGUAAAGUGCUGCUUAUUACUACUUUUAUUUGGAUGUCAAGUGAAGAUCAAUGUGUCUGUGGACCAGGCAGGUCAGAUCAUCCUGAUAUCUCUGAGAAAUGCCCGUGUACACGCGGCGCCACAGAUAGACUCCAGCGGACUGAAGCUCUCACUCGCUCACCAUGACCUUCGCCAGCUCUUUAUUUGCCCUCCUCUUCAUCAGCAGAUUUUUGGAAAACUCUCUGCUCAGUGCCGAGGUGAAAGAGGGAGAGAUUCUUCCUCCGACCAUCCAGAAGCUGAUGAAAGGAUACAACAAAUACCUCCGGCCUUUCUUUGACAAUGGUCCUGUCACAGUGGGCAUGAGUUUGGACAUCGCCAGUAUUGAUACGAUUUCAGAGAUCAACAUGGACUACACGGCCACCAUCUUCCUACGGCAGCGCUGGACGGAUGAGAGGCUGGUGUUUGAAGGCAAUAAGAGUUUAAGUCUGGAUGGGCGACUGGUGGAGCUGCUAUGGGUCCCGGACACCUUUAUAGUGGACUCCAAGAAGUCCUUCCUCCAUGACAUUACAGUGGAGAACCGAUUGAUCCGGAUCUUUCCAAAUGGAACAGUUCUCUAUGCCCUCCGGAUCACCACCACUGUGGCCUGUAACAUGGACCUGACCAAAUAUCCCAUGGACAAACAGACGUGCACAUUACAACUGGAGAGCUGGGGUUAUAAUGUCAAUGACGUGAUGUUUUACUGGGCGCGUGGGAAUGAGUCAGUGAGCGGUUUGGACACCCUGAGGCUGGCCCAGUACACCGUAGAGGAUCAUUACACCUCAGUGUCUGAGGCCGUAUAUGAGACAGGAAAUUAUCCCAGGUUGGUCUUUCAUUUCGAGCUGAAGAGGAGCAUCCUGUACUUCAUCUUAGAAACAUAUGUGCCCUCCAGCCUGUUGGUGGUUCUCUCCUGGGUCUCUUUCUGGAUCAGCCAAUCGUCUGUCCCUGCACGCAUUUGCAUAGGCGUGACCACUGUCCUGACUAUGACCACACUGAUGAUGGGUGCCCGCACGUCUCUGCCAAAUGCCAACUGCUUCAUUAAGGCCAUAGACGUGUACCUGGGCAUCUGCUUCAGCUUCAUCUUUGGAGCACUGAUCGAGUACGCGGUGGCCCACUUCUGCACGCUGCACCACCCCGACUGCAACAAUGCACUCAUGUACGGUCAUCACAUGCACGACUGCGAGGAGGAGAUGAACGGCAUCGUCACCACCAUCGCCAGCAAUUCCUCCCGGGUAAAGAGACGCAAAGACUCUCUGGCCUCGGCGCCCGCGUCCACCGCCGCUGGAGAGCCUGGACUCGUGCCCUCCAGCCCGACCACCAGUGAAGCCAAGACCCCCGAGGUCCCUCCGGAGCUCUUCAGCCGCUGUGCCAAAAACAUCUCCGUCUUGAGGAAGAUCCUGAGAUCAAUCAACUGCUGUCACGUGGAAAACCCACAUUAUAUAGACAACUACUCCCGGUUAACCUUCCCACUGUCGUUCGUCUUCAUUAAUCUGCUCUACUGGACCUACUACCUGUACUUUUAACCAGCGCUUCAUGUUGAAUCAUUUCUGUGCGUUCUGUGUGUAAGUAUGAUAGUGUGCGUGUGUUUGUCUGAAAGACCAAUAGAGACUUGACAGAGAAGUUAAGAUCUAUCAACAGCAUUUGUGCUAUAGUAAAUAGAGCACAAAUGUGAAGCUCGUAUUUUUUGUUAAAUUAUACAGUAAAAUCCCUGUUAUUAUUUGUGUUGUAAAUCAUUCUUGGAUUACUUUUCAAGGCGGAUAAACUUACUGACAUAA